AUGGAAUGGAAACAAAUUAUAUAUAAUCAAUUACGAGAACGAAAUCGAUACGAACGAGAUGUAUAUGCGGAAGUUGUAAGACACUAUAACCGUUUGAUUGAAAACUAUUCUAUAAUCUUACUGCGAUGUACUGAGCAAGAACGUGAUAUUCUAUCACUGCGCCAAGAGAAUACCGACUUGCAGAAAAACAGUGUUAGUGUGGCUGGUCUACCAGUAAAUGAUAAAGUGAAGACAUUAGAAAAUGAUUAUAUGAAAGCGAAAGAUGAAAUUCUCACGUUGUUACGCGAACGAGGAGAUAUAACGAAAGAAGUCAUUAGUCUCAGUCGGAUUGUCAAAGAAAGAGAUGAUAAACUUGAUUCGGAAGAGAAAAAAAAUCAAAUUUUAACUAAAGAAAAUAUCUCUCUUAAACAACGUCUUGAAGCAGCAAAAGAAGCAUCGAGUGGUUUACAGAAAGUUAAUGAAACAAUACUUGAUGAAUUUCAAGCAUUACAAUUAGCGUACAGUGAAUUAGAAAAACGUCAACAAGAAUUAGACGCUACGAACGCAUUCUUACGUCGAGAAAUGACUGAAAAAGUUGAAAAACAAGCAAAUGCGUUAGAUGCAGAAGUGCAACAGCACCAAAGACGAAUCGAAGAUGACGUCAAACGCAAACUCGAUGAAGCCAAAAAUGAUAUCACUAGUUUUAGUACGCCAACAACUGUGUCAACAUUCAAAAGUUCACUUAACGAUGGUAAAAUUCAUCGAUCACCAGCAGCAGAUUUUUUUCUAAAAAAAAUUCUUGAUGAUUGUUGCGAUAAUGAACUACAUGCCAUUCAAUUUCAUCCGUCAGGAUCAUUGGUCGCAACAGGUGGAAGUGAUAGAAAAAUCCAUAUCUGGGAACUAAAUGGAAAUUUAGGUCAAGUCCAACCAGCUUAUGUUCUUGCUGGAAAUAAUUCGACUGUCACUGCGAUUGAUUUUGACAACGAAGGCGCAAAUUUGAUACUCGGAUGUUCAGAAGAUUUCGCAUGUCGCGUUUGGGGCCUUGCUGACCAACGUCUACGUCAUACACUCACUGGCCAUGGUGCCAAAGUCUUUUGUGCUAAAUUUAUCACUGCAAGUCUAAUUGCAUCGGGCAGUCAAGAUCGUACGUUGAAACUAUGGGAUUUACAAAAUCGGCAAUGUGUGCGAACAUUGUUUGCCGGAUCUAAGUGUCAUGAUCUAGUGGCACUCGAUGCGUCGGGUAGUUUGAUUAGUGGACAUUUCGAUAAGAAAAUACGGUUCUGGGAUGCGAAAAAUGAUUCAACAAAAUGUGAAUUACAGUUACAAGCAGCAAUUACGUCCUUAGCAAUCAAUCGAGAGAAACAGUUGUUGUUAGCGUGCUCACGAGAUGAUACAUUGAAGCUAAUUGAGCUCAGGGAAAACCGUGUUAUACAAACAUUUAGUCACGAUGAUUUCAAAGUCACAUCAGACACGGUCAAAGCUGUCCUUUCUCCAGAUUGUGCAUAUGCAUGUGCUGGUGGUAACGACGGGUCCGUAUUUGUGUGGAAUACAACAACGGGCAAAGUCGAAAAGGUCCUCAAUAAAGAACACUCGACAAUUAUCAAUGCAGUGGCUUGGCAUCCCGAUGGCCGAUUCCUUGUUUCAUGCGAAAAGCAAAGACGAGCUGUCUUAUGGGGAGAAUAA